CGCGCGGGAGCUCGGCGCGCGCACGCCGGCAAUGCGCGCCGUCCGCCGCGCACGCACGGAGUCUCCCUCCUUCUCCUCCUCCGCUGUGCGACCACUUUUGGAGAAGAGAGCGCCGCUCGCGAUCACGGCCGGCCGCUCGCCCGACCCGUUGCGCGCUCGGACGCUUCGCUGCCCCGCCGCCGCCGCCGCCGAGCGACAGAGGGAGAAGUGAAUCAAGGGCGAAGCAACAAAAAAACACACACGCAAAAGGAACGAUCGCGGAAUGCGGGUUCAUCCGUGCCCGGCCACCGGUGGAUUCGAGGAGCGGUGGCUUCGGUGUCCCCUUGCCGGCGCCACAGCGCGUCCCUGCGAGAGAGCGCGCGAGAGAGCGCGCACGAGCGCAGCGCCGGGGGCACCGCGCUGCACGUGAACGCGCAUCGCGCGUACAGGGAGCAGGCGGGAGGCACCGUCAACGCAUCCUCGGUGCCUUCUCCGUGCCCCGCGUGAACAGAGCGACUCGAGCGCAGGUCUCCUCGGCACCCGGCUGCCCAGAGCCAUGGCCCCUCUGCUGCCGCUAGUGCUCUACCUCGUCAUCCUGCUGUCGUGGCUGCCCCUGGUGCUGCCCCUCUGCCCACGCCGCUGCGUGUGCCAGAAUCUGUCGCCCUCCAUGGCCACGCUGUGCGCCAAGAAGGGGCUGCUCUCCGUGCCGGCCACCGUGGACCGGCGCACCGUGGAGCUGCGCCUGGCAGACAACUUCAUCACGCGCCUGCGCCGCCAGGACCUGGCCAACAUGAGCAACCUCGUAGACCUGACGCUGUCGCGCAACACGCUCGGCGAGGUGGUGGCCGGCGCCUUUGCGGACUUGCGGGCGCUGCGCUCCCUCUACCUGGACGGGAACCGGCUGACGCGGCUGUGCAACGUGACGCUGCGCGGCCUCACCACUCUGCGCCUCCUCACCGUCAGCUCCAACCAGCUGAGCCACAUCGCCAACGAGACCUUCGAGGACUUCAUCACCACGCUGGAGGACCUCGACCUGUCCUACAACAACCUCGAGACACUGCCCUGGGAGGCCGUGCAGCGCAUGAGCAGCCUGCACUUCCUGGGGCUCGACCACAACCUGCUGGACCGCGUGCUGCCCGGCGCCUUCACUCAGCUGCACAAGCUGUCGCGGCUCGACCUCACCUCCAACCGCCUGCGCACGCUCGCGCCGGACGCGCUCUUCCUGCGCGCCGGCGCCGCGGCCGCGGCGGGCGGCCCGCUCGCCUUCAGCCUGGCCGGCAACCCCCUGCACUGCAACUGCGAGGUGCUGUGGCUGCGGCGGCAGCGCCGGCAGGACCAGCUGGAGACGUGCGCCACGCCCGCCCACCUGGCGGGCCGCUCCUUCUGGGCGGUGGGCGAGGAGGAGUUCCUGUGCGAGGCGCCGGUCAUCACGCGCCACUCGCCGCACCUGCGCGUGGUGGAGGGCCAGCGCGCCGUGCUGCGCUGCAAGGCGGUGGGCGACCCCGAGCCCGGCGUCCACUGGCUGGCCCCCGACGGCCGCCUGGUGCACAACUCAUCGCGCUCCGCCUUCUACGCCAACGGCACGCUCGAGGUGCUGGUGGCCACCGUGCGCGACGACGGCACCUUCACGUGCAUCGCGUCCAACGCGGCCGGGGAGACGACCACCAACGUGCGGCUCGACGUCGUGCACCUGCCGCGCGUCGUCAACGGGACGGCGGGCAGGCUGCGCGGCGGCGGCGGCGCCCCCUCAUCGGGCGCCGGCGACCCCCCGGGGCCCUCGGACAUGGCGGCGCACAACGGGCACGCGGCGGCGGCGGCCCCCGGGAUCAACGCGAGCGACGGCAAGGGACGGCAGUGGAAGGUGGAGGCGACGGAUGUGAAGUCCACGUCGGUGCUCGUGAAGUGGGCCCCGAGCCGCGGCCUGCGGGGCGUGCGCAUCUACCAGGUGCAGUACAACAGCACGGCGGAGGGCUCGCUCACCUACAGGAUGGUGCCGGCCCCCAGCACGGCGUGCCCCAUCUCCGGCCUGACGCCGGCCACCGACUACGACCUGUGCGUCGUGGCCAUCUACGACGACGGUGGAGACGCGCUGGCCGCCACGCGCCUCCUGGGCUGCGUCACCUUCCAGACGGGCGCCGGCUGGGACGGCGAGUCGCUGCGGUGCUCCUCCACGGCCGCCGAAGCCGGGCCGCUCUUCCCCGAGCAGCUCCUCGGCAGCACCAUGAUCAUCAUCAUCGGGGGCAUCAUCGUCGCGUGCCUGCUCGUCUUCACCGUCGUUCUGGUCGUCGGGUACAAGGCCUGCGCCGCCAACGGCAACGCCGGCGGGUGCAAAUCCACCGCGGCCGCCAACGGACGCUCGCAGACGGGCGUCACGGAGGACGUUGUCGUCGGCGGCGGCGAGGCGAGGUUUAACCGCAACGGGGAAGCCGGCUUCCAGCAGGCGGAGGAGCAGCGGCGGCCCAACCUGGGCAGGAGCAGCACCGAGUCGUCGCUGUCCAACCUCAGCCGUGGGCGGGAACAGCGGGAGGGCCCCUAUGGCGCGCCCCGGCAGGCGAGCGCCAAGGUCAAACCGGACAUCGAGCAGCUGCUGAGCGCGCUCGCGGCGGCCGAGCAUCUGCGCUCGCGGGCGGCGAUGGCGGCCGCGGCGCAGCCCUUCUUGCCGGCGCGACGCUCGGCGUCCGUGCGCUGGGCGUCCGACCGGGACCCGCCGCACCUGUCGCCCGACGGGUGGCCGGGGCCGGAUUGCGGCGGCGGCGGCCAGAGAUCGUCAACCGAUCUGGGAGCCAAGCGCAGCCGCUCGUUCGACGCCGGGAGCUUCCCGACGCUGCAGGACUGCAGCGCCCAGAGCAAGCGCAUCAGCCACAUAUGGACCAAACGGAGCAUGUCCGUCAACGGCAUGCUCAUGGGCCUGGAGGAGGCGGACCUGACCAGCAGGAGGGCAAUGUUCUCCAGCUCGGAUUGGAUUCUGGAAAGCACUGUGUAGCUUCUGCCUGCAGUGCUGCAUGCAGCUCGGAGAUCAUCUCUCUCUCUCUCAAUUGGACAAUUCAUUAUCGCUCGUCUCGCUCUCCCUGCAGGCAGCAUUAAAGGCGGAGGAGAAAUUUAUUUUGGUUUAUCCGGCCGGCGUCUGCAGUAACGACCUCCCACGGUAGUAGCCCCUCCCCCCCCUCCCCCACACAAUCUUUUCCCUCCCCCCCCCGACCUCCCCUCGUUCACCCCGGUGGUGGAGGGGAUGUCAAAGCGAGACCCUCAAGCCAACCGCCACCCCUCGACCCACCCACCGCCGCCCCCCUCACUGCUCCACACGGCAAAAAUCAAUCCCGGGCGUGUUGUGUAAACCAUAUUGCGAUAUCGCACUACACCACCACCAGAUUUGGCGGUGCUAAAGCAAUUAAGCGGACGACAGCUUAUAAAUCGCUUCGCUUCAAGAAGCCUCGACUGAGGAUCUGGUUGUGUGCCACGCCCCCCCCCCCCCCCCCACUUCUUUCCGGACGGGAGCGGUCGUCUCGGGUUGCCGUGAAAGUCGCACGCCCGCGUACCGGGCCGUUGCGGCUCCGCAAAUCAAGUCAAACGGCUUUCACAGCACGCGCGGUAAAAUCAACCGCAGCGAUCGCUCGCGACGAAGUCUAUACCUCAACGCCGCCACUGCCACCGCUCCGCCAGGCCCGGCGGCCGAGACUCCAACCCACGUGUACAUUAACCCAAGACUCCGUUGGGGCAAGGAAGGUGCGACUCCUUUCUCUCUCUCUCUCUUUAUACUGUCAACUUUGUACACAGUACAACCGCGUUGGAAUUCCAAAAGGGACUCGUUAACGCCGUGGCCAAGCGCUGCCUUGCCGAGACACGGAUUCGACUCGAUCCGGGAAACAAACCGGAGAGGGGGGCGGGAGUGAGAUUGGACGUCGCGCUCUCUCCCGGAGCCCCGCGUUUGCUCUGCAGGCAAUCAAGUCGCAGCGGCAAUUCCGCGGCACCGCUAAUUAUUGUCGUUAAUUGGUUUUCUGCAGCUGUUUCUUAUAGUGAUGCUAGAACGGGGUGGGGGGCCCACGACUGCCCUCCUCCGCUCAAUCGCCGCCAUCGCCACCGUCGCCAAACCUGACAGGAGCGUCCGCCGACGUCCGCGAGCCGCGUUUAACGGCGGCCGCUCUCUCCGAGCGGAGUGGAACUCGGUUGCGACGCCGACGGGACGGCUUUCUGUGACAGCUGGAAGCUUUUAUACGUCGCUCGUGCCAUCCGGUCUGUGCCACCUCUCCCUGCCCUUGUCGGUACCGCCCAUCGUAGGCGCACACGCGUACGGCCCUGCUCUUGACGUGGUUUCCACAAUGCCUUGACGGUGCGUUCAGGAGCGCCGAUUUCUCGCCGCUGCCGCCACCGAGGAUUUUUCGCAGCCUGCUUGCGGGGGGCCACGCGGAGCGGCCCCCCCCCACCCGCCAAUCCUGCGGUGGCAAAACUUGUCGAUUCGACAGGAAAUCAAACGCGGCAGCAGGUGCCGGAAAGAUGCUGCCCCCCCCCCCCGCCCCACUUGUGCUGCUCUCAUCCCCGGACGUUCACCCUGGCAGGCGUGAGACGGGAGACGCUGCGUCCCCACGGACGUCCCGACGCAUCACCUUCAUGCCGUGCGGCUUACCGGAGAAAUGACCCCCACCAUUUAACUCACCGCUCUUUUUAGACAUUCGAUGUGUGUAUAUAUGAAGCCAUGGUAAAAAAAAACAAUGACAAACCAGGUCUCCGCGUCUGUCAUUUCUUCACGAAACGCGCUGCUCGACGCACCGGGGUUGUCGCGCCAAUUUCGGCCACUGCGGUCACCGCCAACGUGGCCAGCGGCGUUGGCACGUUC